AUGACCGGGGAAUUUAAUGUCAAAUUGGCGGCGGCUGCUUUCGGCGGAAGUGCCUGCGACAUCCCAGGUACUCAACCUGGCGCCUCCACAAAGUGCACAGCCACUAGCAACGGGUUCUGUCUGAUGGACACGAUUGACAUCGCUAACAAAGCCACGACAGGAGUCUGUGUAUGUUACUCAGGUUACACUGGAGACAAAUGUCAAACUGCCUCACCCACAACAUCUACCGCAACUUCGUCUAGUAACAGUGUUUUUGGAGUUUUAGCACUUGGUGGAUUGGCGGCUUAUUUCCUGUCACAGCUGUCAUCUGGUUACGGUUCCUCUGCCAUCACACCACAGGAGGCGCUCUAUGUCAGACAAGCAACAUCAGGGUGA